CUAGAUCCCAUGAAGAUAUGUACAACAUUGCUGUGUCAGAAAUACGGUGGAGCCUUGUAGUUGGGUGCAUAUUGUAAAAUGUUUCCUCACUCCAAAACCAUGAACUCUGGUUUCCUAAACCCUCAAGCUAUGCAGCCGAAGGAGGAGACUUAUCACAGGAGAAUCACUAAUAAUUUUGAAGAAGUGAAGAGCUUAACAAUGUUUCAACCAACACCUAAAGAAGCUUUCACUUGGCUGUUAGAUCAAGGGCUGGAUACAGAAAACAGUAAUCCUUGUGAUGGCAGUAUUGUCCAAGGAUUCCUCACUCAAAACCAUGAUAACAAGUUGCUAGAACCCUCAAGCUAUGCAGACAAAGGACUGGAUAUAUUUUUUCGUGACCAAGCCUUCUGUAUAAUUAUUUAUACUUAAACCAUACAAAGCACUAUCUAGCCCCAAAGUAGGCAUACAGAGUAGCUUGUGUUGUGGGUACUAAGAUAGUUGAUAUUAUAAUAUUCAUUUACAUUUAUAUACUACCUAUAAAUACUUAUAUAAUGUAUAAAUACACACACACUGGAAAAAACCCAUGCUCUUCACACAAAUAUUUUCCAGGUGUGGGAAUCGAACCCAUGACCGUGGAUGCAGGAGCACUACUUAGUGCGCCACGCGUAUGUGUUUUUAUUUUGAAGCAAAUUAUUAAAGUUGAUAAUUCAAAUUGUAGUCAUGUUUUUAAUUAAUCUAUAAUUAAUUUUUAAUUUACAUUUUUGUUAAAUAUUUACCUAUACUUCAGUCUAUUUUUUGUUAGAGGGGGUACCUAUAUGUGUAAGUAGGGUCGUUUCUUGAUUAAAUUAAACUAAAGAAUGAAAGAUAUAUAUUAUAACAAAAUUUGUCAACAACAAUAUAUCAAGUCUGAAUAAAAAAUACCAACACAAGUAAAUAUAUUUUUUAUUUUUAAGUAAUAGAUGUUACACAAAUAUAGAACUACCUGGCCCUAACUGCUUAACAUUAAACAUUGUUUUUAAUCAAAUCAUUAUUUAUUUAUUUCCUACAAUGUGGUAGGUACAUGUUUUGUUCUUAAAAUUAUUGAAUUGUAUAGAUAAACAACUAAUGUAGUAUUCAAUUUUUUCUUUUACAAUUACUUAAAUAAUCAUCAUCAUCAUCAUCAUCAUCAUCAUCAUCAUCAUCAUUAUAAACACAUAUUCGGCUCACUGCUGAGCUCGAGUCUCCCCCAGUAAGAGGGGUUAGUGCCUACCCGCACUCGGGAGACCCCGCACUGGAAAGCGUGGUUGGUCGGUUGGUUGGAUGUUCGCGGCUCAAGGUCGUUGUGCUUGGAGGUCCAUGUAAGAGGCCUAUGUCCAGCAGUGGACGUCUAUCGGCUGAUAAGGUAAGGGAAGGCCAAUGCCUAACCCCUCUCAUUCUGACAGGAGCCGAAUAUGGGCCAGCAUAUUCGGAUUACAUUGGCAGACAUCACAUAUGCAGAGAAUUAAGAGAAUUCUCUGGUAUGCAGGUUUCCUCACGAUGUUUUCCUUCACUGUUUGAGACACGUGAUAUUUAGUUUCUUAAAAUGCACACAACUGAAAAGUUGGAGGUGCGUGCCCCGGAACGGAUUCGAACCCACACCCUCCGGAAUUGGAGGCAGAGGUCACAUUCACUGGGCUAUUAGGGAUAAUAAUAAUAGUUAAAUAAUAUUUCCUCCUAAUAAUAGAUAAUAAAACAUAUUUUGAUGUGCAAUUUUACAAUAAAAUUUUUAUCUAAUACUAUGUAAUACUGAAAUUAACCAAAUGAUAAUAAUCAUAUUCUUUAUAUACAGUGAUGUCAUAAUUAACUAUAUUAAAUUAAAAUGAAAUUAUA